GAGAAAGAAAGUGAAGGAGGUGUGGUGAAGACUGUGGUGAAGUAAUGCUAAAAUAGACUCAACUGAAGCUUGUUUAUAAGAUGUUUUAGUGUGUGGCUUCCAGAGGAUGAAAAGCUAGAUGCUACUUGGUUUACUGGAAAAACACAGGAGCAAAAAAGAAGAGAGUGAAGCAUUGUAACAGCUGCCAGGGACUGACAGUGAGGGAAAUACUUCACUUAGAGGAGUCUUCUUACCAUGGGGAAGUCAGCCUCCAGGCUUUUUUGUGAAGAGGUACUGAAGACUCAUAAUCAGUACAGGAGAAAACAUCAAGCCCCACCUUUAAAACUCUGCAGUAAACUGAGCAGUGAAGCAGCACGAUAUGCUGAGAGCCUCGCAAGCACCAGAAUCCUGAAGCACAGUGUUGAGUCUAGUAGAGGAAACUGUGGAGAAAAUUUAGCAUGGGCAUCUUAUGAUCAAACUGGUAAAGAUGUGUCGGAUCGCUGGUAUAAUGAAGUGAACCAGUACAACUUCAACCAGCCAGGAUUCUCCUCUGCAACUGGUCACUUCACUGCAAUGGUGUGGAAAAGCUCGAAGAAACUUGGUGUUGGUAAAGCUGUGGCCUCCGAUGGUUCUACUUUUGUAGUGGCACGUUAUUUCCCUUCUGGCAACAUUACCAAUCAGGGCCACUUCCAGGCCAAUGUCCUGCCCCCCAAAAACUGAUCCAAAUGUAGCUGGACACAAUGAGAACGAAGGUAGGGAGGGGAACUGAAAUAGGAUGGGGAACAGCUGAAAUAAGAGAGACUUUUACCUGGAGGACCAAACACAGGAUUUGUUGGCCUUAAUAAACAAACCUUACUUGAAUAAAGAGCUUCUGUCUUUA